AUGGCUAAGAACGGGAACGGAGCAAUGAAGAGCAUGGCCGGGCCACGACCUGGCGCGAUGAAGAGCAUGGCCGGGCAUGGUAGCAAAGGUCUUGCUUUGCCCACGGGUUCGCCGAGAGGGUCGCCUAAAGGCUCCCCUAGAGGAGGUGCUCCUGCUAUGAAGAGUAUGGCCGGUCCGGGAGCUGGACCUAUGAAAAGUAUGGCUCUGAAUGGCAACGGAUCUGGACCUAUGAGAAGUAUGGCAGGAUCCGGGUCCGGGCCGAAGGCGUCUCCUAGGGGUGCGCCCGGUCCAAGAGCGUCUCCUAGAGGGUUUGGGCCGAAAGCGUCUCCUCGAGGUGCUCCUGCAGUCAGAAGUGCUCAGAGCAUGGCGCCUGAGUCAGGAGAUGACAACUUCGGUAAGACUUCGCCCAAAGGCUCAGCGAGAGGUGCUCCUGCUAUGAAAAGUAUGGCUGGACCUGGGGCGGGAGCUAUGAAGAGCAUGGCUAAGAGCGGCGGGGGACCUAUGAAAAGCAUGGCGAAUAACGCAAGAC